GCGAUCAUGUGACCCGAAGUGUGACGUAGGAGGAAGGAGACGCCAUUAGAGGGAGGCGGAGAGGGACAGCUCUGCCUUUCCUCGGAUACCUGACGUGGUGGCUGGGGCCCGUCAUUCUCGGACUUUACCUCGGUCCUUCCAGGCCUUGCCCGGAGGAGGGAGUGGAGACGGUGCCCGGGAUUGGCGGCGCCCGAUGCGGAGGGGCCUGUACCGGCCGAGGCUGUGAAGGAGCUGCGGUGGCCGUGGGGAGCUCGGCACGGCUCUAGGGCUCGGGCGUUAGGGACGCGACGGGAUGGCUGCGGCCGGCGGCGGCGGGGCGGCGGCAGCCCGAGCCUACUCGUUCAAGGUGGUGCUGCUGGGGGAAGGCUGCGUGGGAAAGACGUCGUUGGUGCUGCGCUACUGCGAGAACAAGUUCAACGACAAGCACAUCACCACUCUGCAGGCAUCAUUUUUAACAAAGAAGUUAAAUAUUGGUGGGAAACGAGUAAAUCUUGCUAUAUGGGAUACAGCAGGUCAAGAGAGAUUCCAUGCAUUGGGGCCAAUUUACUACAGAGAUUCAAAUGGAGCUAUUUUAGUUUAUGAUAUAACAGAUGAAGACUCUUUUCAGAAGGUUAAAAACUGGGUCAAAGAAUUACGGAAAAUGUUGGGGAAUGAAAUCUGUUUAUGUAUAGUUGGUAAUAAGAUAGACUUGGAGAAGGAGAGACAUGUUUCCAUUCAAGAAGCAGAAUCGUAUGCAGAAUCUGUGGGAGCAAAACAUUAUCAUACUUCAGCCAAACAGAACAAAGGAAUUGAGGAACUCUUUCUUGACCUUUGUAAAAGGAUGAUAGAAACAGCACAAGUGGAUGAGAGGGCAAAAGGCAAUGGCUCCAGUCAACCAGGAGCUACAAGGCGAGGUGUGCAGAUUAUUGAUGAUGAACCUCAAGCCCAGAGCGGUGGUGGAGGGUGCUGUUCUUCUGGAUAACUGUUGACCCCUAAGAAAUUAAACAAACUGUGGAUCAUUGCCCUCAACAUGAAGACUGCCAUAUUCCAAGUCACAUUAUUUUACCAAUGGAAUUAUAGGAUUAACAGUAUUUUAAAUUAUGUUUAUAACACUGCAGAGACCUUAAGUGCUAAACUUAGUGGAGUUUGUGACCAGAGAAUUGGCAUUUUCUACAAAUGUUAACAAAGCAAUUACCAAUGGCCUUUUUACAUAUUUUUUUUCUUUAAUAAGGAAUAAUAUGCAUGUAGAAAAGACCUACUUAAAGUCUUCAUUUAUAUUCUUUUAAAUCAGAUCUUUAUUUAAUAACUUAUAUAUGUUGUUGGAAUGGUAUACAUUUUUGCAGCCCUUUGUAUUUUGUGGUAGUUUGAAUUGUAUCACUUCUAAACAGCAAACUUUUUGUUUUCAUUUUUUUUUUAAUUAGCAGAUACCUGAAGUACUAUUUUUGCAGGGUUUGCACAGGCCCUUAACUGUCUACUACUUUGAUAUAAUCUAUAUACAUCCUGUAUGCUGAGCUGGUAAAAUACAUUGUAAACUACAUAUUAAAUAUUUUAUCUGCUUUUACAAGCGCAAGGUGCAAAAAUAUAUACGGUAGUCUCAUUGAUGACUGUAAAGUGAAUUAACAUUUGGUGAUAAUGCCUAAGCUUUUUGACUCUGAUAUAAAAAUUAUAGCUCCCCUUCACUUUUGUCUUAACUUAAAAGUGGCGUGUUUAAAUUUUCUCAUAUACUUUACUUGAACUAUUGCUGUUGUCACAUUUUUUGCCUCUGUAAAUCCAUCUGAUGAUUGAACAACAGCAUUUGCCUUUUGGUUUGGGUUUUUUUGUUGUUCUUUUGUUGGGGUUUUUGUUCUUUUGUUUUUUUGUUUUUGUUUUUUGGGAUAAGAGAUGACUUCUGAUUUUGCUUUAGAAUGGUUACCUUAGAAGUAUUUGAGUGGAGCAUGCUGAGUUUCACUUCUGCAACGGCUUUAGUUUUCUCUUAGGCUUUAUAUGAGAUGGAUUCACUGGUGUGAGAAGAAAGUUAGAAGAAGUCCCAGAUAGUAGCCACUCACCAAGACUCAUUCAUACAGCAUGUUGGUGGUAGUUUCUGCUCCCGAGGAAGCACUUGUAGAUCUUUUGUGAGCAAGCUGUUUUUGUUCAUUGCUUGCCAGAGAUGAACACAGAAAUUUUUGUUUCAUUUUAUAAGAGCUAUCCUUCUAAGUUUCUUUGAAGGGACACAUUUCAUGUAAUGCAGUUAUAGCGAACACUGGAAAGAUUUAUUAUAAAAUUAUAUUCUUGUAUACUUUGUAAAUUAGUUUCUCACUAGGUUUUGUUUUUUUUUUCCUAAGUAAGCAUAGGACUGAACUUAAAUUUGUUAAUUUUAAUAGAAUCAGGCACUGCUCACUGAAGGAACACAAAUUGUGGAAAUUAACAUAAAUUGUUCUUGUUCUAAUACAUAUAUUUUUCCAUUUCUGUCAUGCUUGGAAAACCAGUAAAUGUUAUGUCUAAGAUAAAAUGGAAUGUCCCUGGGUUUCCUUUUUGUAAGAAGCAGAAGUAUGCAAUAAAGUUACUAGCAUGAGCAAUUAAGAGGAUAUGAAGAGGUCAUAGUUAAUAAAGAAGAAACUUUCCCAGAUGGGUUAAAGUUGAAUAGAUCAACACCUUGAUGUGAUGCUAGAAUUUUAACUUAGUAUUAAGUAUUCCAUACUUCCUCAUUUUGCCUUCUUCAGUUAUCAUCCUUGCCAAACUCAACACACUGCUUCUCUGUUGUGUGUGGUAAGGGAGGGUAGGGUGGGACAAGUCCUCAGGAAGAUAAGCUAAAACUGUCUUCUUCUAUGAGAUGACUGUACUCUAUGUAGUUUCUUGGUUUCCUUUGAAAUUACUAUUUAUGCAGGGGGUAGAGGGAGGCAGAGGGAAUCAUGAGUACACAUAUAGGAAAAAUUGUUUUUGCCCUCUUGAUUCUUUCGGUGAUGGUAAUGAAAGGCUUGACAUUUGUAGAUGGAAAAUAAGCCCUUCUCCACUGGAAUGAAGUAUGUUUAUAAAACUAAUGCGAUGAAAUUGAGCUUUAUUCCAAAAAAAUAAAGUCAUAAAGCCUGAUAA